AUGGUAUCCUCAGCGUUUUCACAGCUGUUCCUUCCUGAAGAGGCUGGCCAACAUUCACUGCAAUAUAGGAGCCACCGUGGAUAUCACCAAUCGACACAUCGCUUUUCAUUAAGACCUGUCAGUGGAAUAGGUACGCAUUACUAUCUCUGUAUAUCUAUCUAUCUAUCUAUCUAUCUAUCUAUCUAUCUAUCUAUCUAUCUAUCUAUCUAUCUUCAUAUCUAUCUAGCUAUAUAUCUAUAUCGGUUUCUUCUUAUCUCCCUGAUUCUUUUCAUAUCUAUCUAUCUAUCUAUCUAUCUAUCUAUCUAUCUAUCUAUCUAUCUAUCUAUAAAUAGUACCCUUCCUUGUUCUUCGUUGUUUUUCUUUCUUUUUGUUCUUCUUUUUUCAUGUUCUUGUUCUUCAUCUCCACCUUUUUUCUUCUUUCUUCUUCUUUCUCCUUUUUUCUUCUUUCUUCUUCUUUUUUCUUCUUCUUUCUCUUCUUCUAUCUUUUUUCUUUUUUUCUUCUCCUUCUUUGUUCUCAUUGUUUCUUCUAGUUAUUCUUUUUUCUUCUUCUUUGUUGUUCUUUCUUCUUCCGUCUUCUUUCACCUUUUUCUUCUUUAUUCCCCUUUUUUCUUCUUUAUUCCCCUUUUUUCUUCUUUUUUCUUCUUUUUUCUUUCUUCUUUUUUCUUCUUUUUUCUUUCUUCUUCUUUUUCUUCUUUCUUUUUCUUCUCCUUCUUUGUUCUUAUUGUUUCUUCUUGUUCUUCUUUUUUCUUCUUCUUUCUUCUUUUUCAUCUUAAGCGUCGAUCUGCCUCUAAUGCCUCUUCUAUUCUAUCUAUCUAUCUAUCUAUCUAUCUAUCUAUCUAUCUAUCUGUUGAAACUUGA